AUGGCGGGCUACAAUGAGUCAUUGUCUACAACCUCAGCCCCAACUGCUUCUCGCUACGUCCACCAGCUCUUCCACCCCGACCUCCACCUCCAAGUUCAUCAACAACAACUACACCACCAUCAUCAACAACAACAGUCCUCCGAUUCCCACCACCAAGACGACCAAGAUCACAACAAUAACAAGAUAAUCGAAUCCUCCGACACCGCCGCCACCAGUUCCGGCGGAGGAGGCGACGGAGGUGGUGGAAGUGGAAGUGGGGGUCCCACACGCCGCCCCAGAGGCCGCCCUGCAGGCUCCAAGAACAAACCCAAGCCCCCAAUCAUCGUCACGCGCGACACCCCCAACGCCCUCCGCUCGCACGUGCUGGAAAUCUCGGCUGGCGCCGACGUCAUGGAAAGCGUCUCCAUCUACGCCAGGCGGAAGGGGAGAGGCGUGUGCGUGCUGAGCGGCAGCGGCACCGUCGCCAAUGUCACGCUUCGUCAGCCUGCGGGGAGCGUGGUCACUCUUCACGGACGCUUCGAGAUACUUUCGCUCUCUGGGACGGUGCUUCCUCCUCCGGCUCCUCCAGGUGCGGGUGGACUGUCCAUAUUCUUGGCGGGCGUGCAGGGACAAGUCGUCGGGGGUUGCGUGGUGGGCCCGCUGUUGGCUUCUGGUCCAGUGGUUUUGAUGGCUGCUUCGUUUGGAAAUGCUGUGUUUGAGAGAUUGCCAUUGGAUGAUCCGGAAGAGGGUACUCCUACUGGUGGUAAUGGUGGCGGUGGAGGCUUGCAAGUGCAACAACCUACGGCGUCGCAAUCUUCGGGGGUGACUGGAGGCCUUGGUGAAGGUACUGGGGGAAAUAGCGGCGGCGGUGCUGGCCUUUUCAAUCUGGGAGGGAAUAUGGCUGCUAACUAUCCGUUUUCGGGUCCUGAUUUGUUCGGGUGGGGUGGGGGAAGUACUCCGCGGCCUCCGUUUUAG